CCCCUGACUAGGCUGACGCUUGCACGGUUAUGUCUUACGACCAGAUAAAGGACACGGGCGCCAGGCCACUCUACGUCCAGCAGAGAGAGGCGGCAGGGUACCAGGGGGCAAACGGCGCAAACAACCUUCAGCACUACAGCUCUCCGCUACCGCAAGUUGACCACGACCAGGACGUGGAGAACGACCCCUCCUCCUUACCCGUUGCUCACCUGAACUUAGACUUCAAGGAGUGCUUUCGUGAGCACGAGAGCACCAAGACAGUGGCCGCCUAUUAUGAAGUUUUGGGCCUCAUUUACAAAUACGUCAAGUUCUUUACCUACCACACUUUCGUCCUUCUGUUCGGUGUUUUCUUUGUUAUAGCAUAUGCUAUCUUCAAUGGAGUCUUAUCGUUCUUCCAUGUGUGGAUAUAUGGUCCAACAGCUAAGAUGUUGCUGGUUGGGGUGUAUGCACUGGCUCCACUAGUAGUUGCUCCAUUUUGUGCUAUGUACCGGCCACUGGUGGAUGUACAUGCCCGCAUCUUCAGGCAGAUCCGAAUUCGUAUCUCUAAACCAACUCCGAACCAAACAAGCAACAUUUGACUGUAUUCUAUAGCCUGUAUAUAGGCUCUUUGAGAGUGUUGUUUUACCUAUUGUUGUUUUACCUAUUGGUGUCAGGUUUUCCCUACGGACUGACAGUGUUGGUACUGCAGGAAUCUGAACUCGCAUGCGGUAGAAACGUCCUUGUGUCGCAGCAGUAGCAACGCCAUGGAAAAGACUAUAUACGCAUGCGCGUGUGCGCGGGCGGCCGG